GGGCAUCCAAUGUGCUAAUGCGGUCUAUUUUUGCAAACUUCACGCCCGCCCGAGCCGCCCAGCGCGGCGGCUGUCGGAGGGACAGAUGGUGCACAGCCAGGCGCUGCUCCCUGCCUUCGGAGCAGGAAGUGUAGCCGAGCGGCACGGCGCAUGCUCAAAGGGCUCUCCUGGAAGCUCCGGGGAUGUGUUCGCAGCUGUAAAACGGGCCCUGCGACUCGGCCAGGCAGCCAUGGCGAACACGGAGGUGACGGUCUCCAUGGGCGACGUGGUGGUGGUGAAGGCGGCAGGAGAGGGGGCAGACCCCGCUGACAGCACCAAGACACAGGUCAUCCUGCAGCUGCAGCCCAUCCAGCAGGGCAUAUGUGAAGAUUCAGCUGAAACCGAUGCUGCUGUUGUGUCUGUAGAGACACACCCAGAUGAGCCACCAGCAGAUGGGGAGGAGGUGGAGUUUGGCUACCCCAUCACUUGUGGGGAGAGCAAGGCCGUGUUAUUGUGGAAGAAGUUUGUAUGUCCUGGAAUCAAUGUCAAAUGUGUCAAGUACAAUGACCAGCUGAUCAGCCCAAAGCAGUUUGUACAUCUAGCUGGAAAGGCCACACUGAAGGACUGGAAGAGAGCCAUUCGACUGGGAGGGGUCAUGCUCAGGAAAAUGAUGGAUUCAGGACAGAUUGACUUUUACCAGCAUGACCAAGUCUGUACCAACACCUGUCGCAGCACCAAAUUUGACCUGCUGAUCAACAACACUCGGUUCCCAGGGCAGCAGACCAGCGUGGUGCAGACUCCCACCUCCCCACAAAGAAACGGGACCCAGGUGACACAGGAGGAGUCUGUGGAGUGGAGCCAGAGUGUGUCCAGCAGCAUGGCUCUUGUCACUGAGCAGGAAAACAAGAAAGACACAGACGAUAUCUCUGAGGAGACUCUGAGUUUCUGGAAGGGUAUUGCGGACGUGGGGCUGAUGGGGGAGGUGGUCACCAACAUCCGUACAGAGUUGCUGGCACUGCUCAGAGGCGUGCAGCUGAGGAGUGGUCAGGCAGCGCUACAGGAGCCAGAUGCAGCGGUGCUGAAUAAUCUGGCCCAGAUGUUCGGGCUGCUGGACACAGUGAAAAGAGCUCUGGACAACCGGAGAAGCCAAACUGACGAGAGCCAGGAGCAGGUUCAUAGCACACUGUCAGAUCUGGAGCGUCAGCUGGAGGAGCAGAAGAAGCAGACGCGGGAGUGGCGCUUGCGGCCGCAGACGCUGCAGAACGUGGUGCUCAUGUCCCUGGGCUCCUCCAAACCGCCCCCCAAGCGCCCUCGCCUCCAGAGGCCAGCCUCCACCACCCUCCUCAGCCCCACCACCUCCCAGACGCAGCAGCAGGGCCAGCAGUCCCAGCAGUUCACCGUUCUCUCGCCCAUCACCAUCAAUUCCAUGGGGCAGCCCUUCACCGUGGCUGGCUUGCCGGUGGCCACGCUGGCCCAGCAGGCUAGCCCUGUCACUCUCCAUACCCUCCCGGCUGGCUCCCAGCUCUUCACCCGCUACACCACAACUUCAGCAGCACCUGGCACAAAAACCUUACCCGCCGACACCAUCACCUUCCAUCCUUCCUCCAGCCUGACGCUGCUCAGUGCCGCGGCAGUGCAGGACCCAGCUCAGCUUGGGGCGAUGGUGAGCCCGGUGGAGCUGGUGGAGCUCUCCCAGGAAGACGAAGGAGGGACAGGGGAAGGGGUGGGUGGGCAGGAGGAGGAGGUAGUUGAAGGGGGAGUUCUGGUCCAGGAGGGGAUUGAGGAAGGCCUGGGGGAGGUGGAGGAUGAGAGCCAAGCCCACACCACUGUCAUCGAGAUCGACCCGGCGCCUGAGCACGGAGAAUCGCAGCACCACUCCGCCACAGUGAUGGGGUUGGAGCUCACUGAUGGCACCGGGGAGGAAGGCAGUAUAGUGGUCCAGGGGGAGAUGGAGAUGGGAGAGGGGGAGGGAGCCAGCUUGGUCGUCCAGGGGGAAAUGGAGGAGGUGGAAGGAGAGAUUGAACACCAAGAGCAGCUGCACGAUGUGCAGAUCGUCGUCAUUGAGGAGGAAAAUGGAGAGGAACCAGAGGCUAAGUGAACUCAGUGCUGAAAAGAUCAGCAAGGAUUACAAAACAGUAAAAACAAGUCCCAGUGUUUGGAGGUCCUUCAUGUUCAAUCUUUCCUCAAUUAGGUGACCUGAUUUCAAAAUGCAAGACAAUUUUAGUGCAGUCACCACCUAUGGCAUACAACCAUACAGUAGCAAGACAUCAGUCACCAUGUGACAAAACCUUGAAGGAGGAUUUAUUGGGAGAUCAGCUGUACCUGAGAAUUACCCAGGGAAAGGGAGGGUCAGGACAGACAAAGUUAAACUGUACUGGAUUUAGUUGUCCAAGCUAACCUGGGUUGCUUCUCUUUUUUCUUUUUUUUUUCUCUGAAAAAGAAAAAGGACUUUAUAAACAGGU